GAAGAGCGCCGGGGGCUGUCCCCACGUGGCACUGACGCUGAGCCUCUGAACCGCCGAGCCGAUCGAGGGCUAUAAAGUGAACCGGCAGCCCGGAAGGCUGCGCUGGAGCGGAGAGCGCUGCCUUCUUGGAGGAGGAGAAUUUGUAUACCGGCUGCGGUGACAGCAGCGACGCCCGGCUGGCAGCGUGCGGCAGGGACCCUCCGCGAAGCUGGCUUGUGUUUCCCCCCGCGCCUCAGGAACAACAGCGCCAUUUGUCGCCCCCAUGCAGGAUCUGCUCCGCUGGGAGAAACGAGGCUCCCUCUCCGCCGGCUGCCUCCCGGGGAGGUUCCGUCGUCUUCUCCUUUCCGCUCGCGGGGAGAAGGUAAGAAGCAACUUCUGACUCCCUCUCCGCUUGCUGUGAAUGGCCUCUUGAGGAGCCCCUCCCGUCUCGGCUGGACUUUUUAGGGAAUCUGGGGGAGUGGAGAAGGAAGGAGAGACCUGGUCUUCCCGCCGGUCUGCUAUGACUGAAAGGGAGGCGGGGGGUGUUACGGAAGCUGGGCGAAGCCGCUUCUCUUGCUGCUGAUUGAAAUCGAGCGUUUCUGUGGCUUCCGGUGCCUGCAGAAAGGAUCAUCCCCGCUGGAAACAGGUGCGGGAUCUCCUCACUUCGCAGGGUGUGUCUUAAGAGCAGUCGAUUAUCGAGCGGGUUAAUGUUUAAGCUGAAGAGCCCGUACCCAGAACAAGGGGAAUUCGCUUCCCUGGCCCACCCGCCCUCUUUCCAUCUGGAGAACAGCUACCUACAGCACAUGGAUGGCAAUGGGAGCUUGAAUGGAAGUGAUGGCGGGCAGAAAGAGGGCCUUCCUUACCCCUUGCCCACUACCUUAGCCCUCAUCUUCCUGGCCACGCUGCUCAUGCUCUUCACCAUCUUUGGCAACGUAUUAGUCAUCAUUGCUGUCUUCACCAGCCGGGUGCUCAAGGCCCCUCAGAACCUCUUUUUGGUUUCCUUGGCCUCAGCAGACAUCCUGGUGGCAACCCUGGUCAUCCCCUUUUCUCUUGCCAAUGAGGUGAUGGCCCAGUGGUAUUUUGGCAAGGUGUGGUGUGAAAUCUACGUGGCUUUGGAUGUACUCUUCUGCACGUCUUCCAUUGUACAUCUCUGUGCCAUCAGCUUGGAUCGCUACUGGUCCAUUACGCAGGCCAUUGAGUACAACCUCAAGCGCACACCACGCCGCAUCAAAAGCAUCAUCUUCCUGGUUUGGGUCAUCUCAGCUGUCAUCUCUUUCCCACCGCUCAUCUCCAUUAUGAAGCAGGGUGAGCCUGAGACUCAGCUCCAUGAACAAGCAGAGUUGAAACCAGAGAACAAGUUGCCCAGCUGCAGUAUCAACAAGGAGACCUGGUACAUCAUCUCUUCCAGUAUUGGCUCCUUCUUUGCUCCCUGCCUCAUCAUGAUCCUGGUCUACGUCCGUAUCUACCAGAUUGCGAAGAGGAGAACUCGUGUGCCUCCCAACAAGCGAGGGGAAACCGUGGAGAGGAGACAGAAUGGGUUGGCUGACAAAGAGGACAUGCCUGCAAUAACCAAGCUCAAUGGGGAGAAGACAGUGUUGGCAGGAGGAAGCCAGGAAGCAGAAGUCAAUGGCAUAGACCUGGAGGACACUUCUUCUUCAGAGCACAAUGAGACUCCUCAGCCUAGGAAAGCAGAGAGGCUGCCCAGAAGUAAGGGCAAAACCAAACUCUGCCAGAUUAAGCCUGGGGACAGUUUGCCUAAUCAAAUAGAAGAGGAUAGGAAUGCCAAAGCAUCGAGAUGGCGGGGCAGACAGAACCGAGAGAAGCGCUUCACCUUUGUACUUGCGGUAGUGAUUGGAGUUUUUGUUGUCUGCUGGUUUCCUUUCUUCUUCACUUACACAUUGACUGCUGUUUGUAAGAGCUGCCAUGUUCCUGAUACCCUCUUCAAGUUCUUCUUCUGGUUUGGUUAUUGCAACAGUUCUCUGAAUCCUGUCAUAUACACAAUCUUCAACCAUGACUUUAGGAGGUCCUUUAAAAAGAUUCUCUGCAGAAUAGACCGGAAGAGAAUUGGGUGAAGCAGGGAUCUCUUUGCAAGGCAAGUCUUAGGUUCAGCUCUGGCUGGAUAUUGGAAGUGGGUGGCACCUUGUCUGAUUACUGAGCAUUGACUCUUCAGAGGCUUCAGGUGAGAUAAAAUGAUUAAAAUGUUAGUACACACCCAGAACCCAGGUGGAUGUGUGCCCAGGGAUGGAUCAAAAGACUUAUUUUUAGUGUGUUAUUUCUAUAUAUUUCAGCACAUUGAAAUGAACAAAUGAGGGUGGGAAAGGGAAAUGUAAGUCAUAUCUUUCAGAAGCACUUUCUUUCUAUUUUCCCCUCUAAUGUCCCUGACGUUGUUAUGGUAUUGCAUCUUUGACAUCUGUGCAUCUUUAACUUUUGUAGGAGAAAUCAGCUUUAAACUGUUUUAAAUAUUUCCUGAGGACAUGCAUUCUAUAUGAAAAACAAAACAGAGAGAACACAUUUGAGUGGACCCUUGCUGCCAUCUCAUCGAUUUAAAAAUAUUAUAGUAUUAAAUUCCAAAAUUUCCAAUAUGGUUCUGGAUGUUGGGAUAUAACAACUGGUAACAUAAGCUUUGACACAAUGGCCAGUGUUUUAUUGUACUCACUAUAUUUGUUUUUCAAAAAAUCAUGUUUGUGUUGUCUUUUUUGAAUACAGUGUUGUUAAAAGGCUGUAUCUCUUAUUUUGGAUCAGUUGAGGGAAUCAAAUAUGAAGGAUUUCACACUUAGAAAAGGAGCUGUCAAAAAAGAUGAGCUCCUUUCUAAGACUUCAAAGGGUUAAGAUAAAGCAUUUCUUCUUUGUGAUCCUUGCACUGAUAUAUGUUCAGUGCUAACUUAUUCCCUUCUGUAGCUGUAAAUAGAUACCACAGAUUAAACUCUUUGGUUUUACUUUACAGUGUUAUUUGAUUUACACUGAUUACAUUUUCAUUUGUGCUAACUCUCCUGUACAAACAAAUUCUACAAGUUCAUUUUUACCUUUUUUACCUAAUAUAAAACCAUACAAAUCUCUGGUUUUAUUCUUCCAACUUCAAAACUGGAUUAGAGAACUCUUCUGAUUAGUCAUAAAGUGAAUGUUAUACAUGGGUAUAAAGGAGAAAAAAAAGUAGUAUAAUUGUAACAAGUAAAAAUUAAUGGUGGCAUAGGACAAAAAUACCUUUGUUAACUAUCUUCCUUGUUUGUUUUCCCAGAAAUAUCUGUUGCAAAUUAACUUUCUCAUCCCAUCA